UAUUAGGUUCGGGUUAAAAUUGUUAUGGUUCGAGGCACUUCUUCAAUCUUGACGGAUCGUCAAGAUAUUGCGGAGCUGUUUAGCUGCAACUACCACAGCGCGCAUUGGCCGUUAGAAUUAUACGGGGGUACCACACGAUCUCUGGGUACGCGGCAAUAAUCCGUAUAUAAACGUUGCUGGAAAUUUUGAGCAAGAAUCUUGGCUCAGCUCUAAACAUGCCAACAACAACAAUAUCGUCGUAAAUGUAAGUGAGCAGGCGGCCAAAUAUUUGACUUGGCUGGCGGUAACCUGCCCCGUGCUUUCACUUGCCGCUUGGGAAAAGCAUUUUUCUUUACGUCCAAGGACGACAAAACGACCUGCGAUCACCGUAAGUCCGAAUUUUCGGGUGGCAGGGAAUGCACCCUGGAACCUGAUAAGCUGACAGCCCAAGCCCCCUCUAACGAGCGAGCGAUCCUGUGACUCUAGGUCUCGGGGCCCGCGGUGUUUUCGGAUAUUGUUGGUUGAUGUAAUAUGCGUUACAUCACGGAAAAAAGGGGUGAAGCUUUCCAUUCAGUUCGCAAAUCAAUAACAACAUUGGUUUAUAUAGAACCAUCACAAUAACAAACAAUGCACCUCAUAUCUUUUCACCAGGGUACGGACCUCCCUGAAGGGGUUACCUAUUAUAAGGCCAAAAAAGUUUGAUCGAAUGUGAGUACUUCUAAGUCCCGUCCUUAGUCAUUAUUAUAAACUGCAGGGGUCCCAACUAGUACCAAGUUGCUACUUUUUUCCGUCACGGCCCCUAGGCUGCAGGGUUUGGGCUGCGUUUUAAUUGCAAGCAUAUUGUUAGAACAUUCCCCACCGCACAUUCGGUUGACCUCAGCCUCAGGCUCAGCUGCGGCAGCAGACCUUCCAACUCCUCAAGUAGUGGGCCGUACUACCCCUCCGCGCCAUACAUACAACAAAUUUACAUUAUUAUAAAGCGGUACAACAAAAUUUUAGCAAAAAAAAAAAUCUGUCGCCUACUUACGAAUGUACCUGACUCGACACUAUUUGAUGAGCAGUAUAGGAAGCUUGAAUGUUUGAGACAAGUGCAGCAGCACUAGUGACCCUUCUGUGGCUCGCUGUUGUGAGGGCAGAGAGCGCGCAGGCGGAGGGCGAGCCUCGAGCGCGCCUGCGCCCCGCCCGGCACCGGCUCGCAGCCUCCGGAGCGGCGCGGCCCGUGACCUGCCAUGAAUCGCCACUGAGAAAACUUUGAGCUUACAAUGACCUUCUCAUUUCUAGACUGAUAAUAAACAUUGUACCUGUACAUUACCUGGUACUGAAACUCAGUCAGAAGUAUUUGAUAAAUAUUGUAGUUAUGUAUAUGCGCCGACCGCGACAUGUAUAUCUGUAACCGUGACAGUGCUAUCGGUGUCUUCGUACAUGGCUUCAUAUGUACGAAGACACUGAUAGCACUGUCAAUGGGACGACUAAGACUUGUUAUGAGGGACUGCAGUGCUAAAGUGGGAUUACUCAACAAAACAGUGCGAAUCUUCGGACCUCAUGGCUUGGGACAGAGUAAUCACAGAAGAGAACGCUGGUCAAUUUCCUUCAAUAGUCCAAUCUCAAGGGUUCAAUAAACUCAUUCUAUAAAAACGGGAAAUGUCCAGCAACGAGAGCUAUUUUCGACUUCCACUACCUCAGACCAUCACCCUAUACUUAUAUUAGUACUUGAAAAUCAAUUCCGCUUUUUAAAACUAUGAAGCGACGUCAACCAGAGGACUAAUACUUACUUUAAGAGGAUUUAACAAAAAGCGGAAUCGAAUAUUUGCGGUCAGCUGUUAUUGAGGUAGCUAUGCACGGAUAGCCGAGAGGUUAAAGUUACCACGCCAAACCUAGUGAUCCACAAAUGCUUAUCCUGAGUCUGGGCGCCUGAAACCCCCGCGAGGGAUUAACUUCUAAACUGCGAGAGGCGUUUUUUUUUAAACACCUUGAAAGUAAUUUUAUCAUAAUCAAAUUUCAUUUAUUCAAAACUAUCUGUUGCCUGGUACUCCGUCCGCGUGUUCCUGUUGUAAUAGUUCCUGUUUUCCCCCUUAAAAACGAAAUACCCAAGAACCGAAGUGCUCGUAUUUAAUUAUAUUACAUAAACAAUAUUUUAGCCAAAUAUCAAAGUCAUUCCAAAAAAGUGUACACUUGACAACCCUUUUUCCAGUUAAAAAGCUUUCAUGCUCAGACUAUUGGGUUCAGUAGUUUUGUCGUGAAUGUGAGACGGAGUAGUACUAAAAAAACUUAAAAUACGAUUGUAAACAGCACCACCUAUCGGCCGCCCGUUAAAGCUUCCUCAGUGUUAAAAAUACUACCUGUGUAACAAUUAAAUUAAAUGUGAACACGGUCCAGCCAAGUUCAAGCAAGAGAACUGGCAUGGUACUACCGGAUAGCUACACUGGGGCAAGCUGGGAGGCUUGCACCUGGCCCUGACCUCAAAGGAGCUUGCUGAUAACAAUCAUAAUAUUUUUGGGGAAUUGGGAAACUGGAGCCGGAACUCUGUCUUGCUGGUCGGCUGCUCGAGACCUGAGAGUGAGCUGAGCAGUGAGGAACCUGGACAGCCGCACGUCGCACCCCGGCGACGCGAGCAGCCGGCAGCUGCAUGUACAUGGCCGCGCGCACCGCUAGCGCCGCGCCUCCCCAGCCCCGAGCGAGAGCUAGAGCGAGCGCGGCCAGCCAGCCGCGGGCAUGCGGGCGCGAGCCUGGUCCUGGUGGGCGGCGCUGCUGCUGGGCGCGGUGGGCGCGCGCGAGCUGGACCCCGCCGCGUGUGCGCCGCGCUUCGAUGUACAGCACGAUAAGAUUAUCCGCACGGAGGAGUCGCGCGAGAUGGGCGCGCGGUACCUCUCCGAGCUGGACGUGGGCGCGCGCCACGAGUGCCUGCGCCUGUGCUGCGAGACGGACUCCUGCGACGUGUUCGUCUACGAGGAGAAGGGCCCCGGUAGCUGCUACCUGUUCAACUGCGGGCCACCCGAGGACUUCCGUUGUAAAUUUACGGCGCACAGUAACUUCAGCAGUGGCGUGCUGGCCAUCAGCCGCCGGCUGGCCGAGCUGCAGGACCAGGAGCGCCUCGCACACCACGAGCAGGAGCUUGCCAACUUAAGGAGCGGCACCAGCAGCACGGCCAGCACGAGCGCGGCCAGCACGGCGCCGCCGCGCCGCACGCCCCCGCCGCCCGCGCCCCCCACUCCCCCAUCCCGAUGUAGCCGCUACCAGUUCGAGUGUAGACGCGGCGGCGAAUGCAUCGCGGUGUACAACGCGUGCGACGGCGUAGCGCAGUGCGCGGACGGCAGCGACGAGGCGCCCGAGCUGGGCUGCCCGGCAGCAGCGCGCGCCCCCGCGCCCCCGCCGCCGGAGCGUGCGCCCGCGCCCCCACCCUCCACACCGCGCGCCACUGCGCCGCCCGCACAGGACAGCGCGGAGGCGGCUGUGGCCGACGUGCUACCGCCUGACGAACGAUGGCCGCACCGACUCACGCAGGCGCAGCCGCAACACCGCUACAAUGAGGCUCCGGCCAGCUCGCACAUCUUCAGCCACAAGGGCGGGCUGCUGCAGGAGCCCGAGGCGGGGGCACAGUUCCCCCCCUUCGAGCCGCCCUGGCCGCGCCGCCCCUGGCCGCAGCAGCAGCCCACUGGUCUGGAGAGCAUGUCGGGCGAGCGCGGCUGGGGCGGCGCCUACUGGCCGGAGCCGGACCCGCGCCGCGCCUGGCCCGUGCCGCGCCCCGACCAGCAGAUACCGGUCUACGUGCCCCCAAAGACGAUGCCCGAGAUUCCAGUAAUGUACACGAGUCAGCAGCAGACACUUCGCGACAGUCCUAAGAAGGGAUUCGAACUGAUGAAGAAGGAAGGUACGGAGCAUCCUCGCGCGGCGGAGGCGGCGCUGCCGGAGGACAAGGCCGCGCCCGCCGCGCCCACCGCCGCCGCCAAGCCUGCUGCCGACCAGAACGUGCAGGUAAACAAGCCUGCGGAAAACUUGGACAGGAAGAGUCUGGAAGCGGCCCACGAGCACUACCGCGCCAGCGACGAGCAGGAGGGGCUCAGCGAGCACCCGCCCGCCGCCAUGAUGCUGCUCGUCAUAGGUGAGCAUGCGGGGCAGCAGGCUGCAGGGGGCAGCAGGGGCAGUGCGGGCAGGGCUGACGCGCGGCGUGUUGCAGGGCUGGGCAUGCUGACGGCCAUGGCGGCGCUGCUGGUGCUGCGGCGGCGGGCGGCGCGGCGCCGGCGCGGGCGCGGCCGCUCGCCCUUCGCGCACGACGCCGACUACCUCGUCAACGGCAUGUACCUGUAGCGCCUCCACACUCCAUGUGUUUUUAUAAUGUUCAAAUUAAAUACAUGCCUUUCGGCCGACACCAUAGAUAAGCGUAAGCAUAAACUGUCACAUAUAGACUGUUGUAAAACGUACGAACACCUACAGGUAUAACACCUCGUGCUGCAGGCACAAACGGCUGCGUUGGCAGGUACAGUGGUAUUUCUUCUUUUCUCAUGUAUAUUUCUAUGACUAUGUUUUUUGAGCAACCGGGACCUACCACACGUGCGCGGAACGCAGGUGUUCCCGUCUCCAGCGUCGUCGCCAGCGCUGUGUUUGUAAAAACAAGUUUAUAUUCAUGUAUAGUAUUUCAAUAAACGUUAUACUGUCGUG